GUUUCAUGACCUUCCCUGGGUCAUCUCCAGUCAAUUAUUUUUAAAACUCACUAUACAAAACCAUCCAAUAGCGCUCUACUGUGGGCCUGAUUAAUGCAGAGAGAAGUAGAAGGAAUCAUUUCCACCAUCAAGUACUUGCAUGGUUUUUCUGAUACAUUACCUCAUUUAAUCCUACGACACAAGGAGAGCACAUGCUCUUGGUAACACUCUUGACUGAUGAGGGAGUUGAGGCUCAGAGACGUUAAGUAAUUAAUUGACCAAGGUUCCGCUCAAAUUAAGUGGCAGAUCUGGGAUUCGUGCCCAGUGUUGCCUGACUCGAAAGCCUUUCUUUUUUCAUUACAGACCUCGCCUGAUACUUUUCUCUGAAUACACCCCUGUGGUCCUGAGAGACCUUAGAGUACACGGCUGAUACAUUUGCAACUUAUGGAAUCAUUAACCAAUGGCAACAGGAAUCCAAGGAUAAAGUGAUUUCCCUCCUGUUAACUCACCUGCCUUUGCUGAAGCCAGGAAACCUCGACGCAAAAGUAGAGUAUAUGAAACUGCUGCCCAAAAUCCUGGCGCACUCUAUUGAACACAACCAGCACAUCGAGGAGAGCAGGCAGCUGCUGUCCUAUGCUUUGAUACAUCCGGCCACCUCCUUGGAAGACCGCAGUGCUUUAGCCAUGUGGCUGAAUCACUUGGAGGACCGCACGUCAACCAGCUUCGGUGGCCAGAACCGAGGCCGCUCGGACUCUGUGGAUUAUGGGCAGACGCACUACUAUCACCAAAGACAGAACUCCGACGACAAGCUCAAUGGGUGGCAGAACUCUCGGGAUUCUGGGAUUUGCAUCAACGCCUCCAACUGGCAGGACAAAAGUCUGGGGUGUGAGAACGGCCAUGUGCCCCUCUACUCCUCCUCAUCCGUCCCCACCACAAUCAAUACGAUCGGAACCAGCACAAGUACAAUUCUCUCAGGCCAGGCACACCACAGCCCUUUGAAACGAUCUGUGUCCCUUACCCCACCCAUGAAUGUGCCAAACCAGCCUCUAGGACAUGGAUGGAUGUCUCAUGAGGACUUGCGAGCUAGAGGACCCCAGUGCCUCCCAUCCGAUCAUGCCCCCCUGUCUCCACAAAGCAGUGUAGCCUCUUCAGGAAGUGGUGGGAGUGAACACUUAGAAGAUCAGACCACUGCUCGUAACACAUUCCAAGAAGAAGGUAGUGGUAUGAAAGAUGUUCCCGCCUGGUUAAAAAGCCUCCGCCUGCACAAGUACGCCGCGCUGUUUUCCCAGAUGACCUACGAGGAGAUGAUGGCCCUCACUGAGUGCCAGCUAGAGGCUCAGAAUGUUACCAAAGGUGCAAGACACAAAAUUGUCAUCAGUAUUCAGAAGCUCAAAGAAAGACAGAACCUCCUAAAGUCUUUGGAAAGGGACAUCAUCGAGGGGGGCAACCUUCGCAUCCCACUCCAGGAACUGCACCAGAUGAUCCUGACUCCUAUCAAGGCCUACAGCUCCCCGAGCGCCACCCCUGAGGCUCGCCACCGGGAGCCCCAGGCCCCACAGCCACCUUCACUCAUGGGCCCCGAGAGCCAGAACCCCGACUGCAAAGACAGUGCUGCGGCCCCUGGCACCACAGCCACCACCUCAGCUGGAGCUAGCGGCGGGCUCCAUCCACACCAUCUGAGCAGCUGUGACGGGGAGUUAGCUGUCGCCCCCCUGCCAGAGGGGGAUCUCCCUGGGCAGUUCACCCGUGUCAUGGGGAAAGUGUGCACGCAGCUCUUGGUCUCCAGACCCGAUGAAGAAAAUAUAAGUUCCUAUUUGCAGCUCAUAGACAAGUGUCUAAUUCAUGAGGCAUUUACAGAGACGCAGAAAAAAAGAUUGUUGUCAUGGAAACAGCAGGUGCAGAAGCUCUUCCGGUCUUUCCCUCGGAAAACCCUUCUAGACAUAUCAGGAUAUCGACAGCAAAGAAAUCGCGGCUUUGGGCAGUCCAACUCCCUCCCGACGGCCGGCUCUGUGGGCGGUGGCAUGGGCAGACGGAACCCGCGCCAGUACCAGAUCCCUUCUCGGAAUGUCCCCUCCGCCCGCCUUGGCCUCUUGGGCACCAGUGGGUUCGUCAGCUCCACCCAGCGCAACACCACAGCCAACCCCACCAUCAUGAAACAGGGAAGACAGAACCUCUGGUUUGCCAACCCUGGGGGCAGCAACAGCAUGCCAAGCCGCACCCACAGCUCGGUCCAGAGGACCCGCUCCCUGCCUGUGCACACUUCUCCCCAGAACAUGCUGAUGUUCCAGCAGCCAGAAUUCCAGCUUCCUGUGACUGAACCUGACAUCAAUAACAGGCUGGAGUCCUUGUGCCUCAGUAUGACCGAGCACGCCCUGGGAGACGGGGUUGACCGGACCUCCACAAUCUAGAGCUGAAGAUGGGAGACCGCGCUGGCCGUGAAACCGACUGCUGCGGGUCCAGUGUCAGCCGUCUUCAGGGCUGCGCAGAAUCCUCCAAGAUCCUCUGCAGCCUCCUCCCGGUCCCUCUCCCACUCUGAUUUUGUGAGAGCGUAGGUCAUCCUUGUAAACAUAUCGGUAGACCUGGACUGGUUA